AUUCGGAUUUUAAAUCAUAAACUAUUAUAUAUAAUGGUGAAGUUCGAUACAUCUUUGGAUCUGAAGUGUACAAAGACAAUAUAACUGGUUUUGUUGUUUUGUUGUAUUGUGGUGGGCGUUUUCUUCCUCACAGACCUCUCUUCUCCGUUUCUGAAUCGUGAAAAUGCUGAAGGUGCCGGAGCACCAGGUGGCGGGUCACAUGGCAAAGAACGGCGUUCUGGGUCCGCUGGUGGACGAUUCUGGAAAGUUCUACAAGCCACUGCAGGACAACGACAGGGGCUCCGCCGAGCUCUCCUUCUACAGCUCCCUCGCCGUCCCACCCUCCAUCCGCCCCUUCUUCCCGGCAUUCUACGGCACCGCCGUCGUCCCCGCCUCCGACGGCUCCGGUCCCCACACCCACCUCCUCCUCCAGGACCUCAUCGCCCCCUACACCAAACCCUCCGUCAUGGACGUCAAAAUCGGCUCCCGGACCUGGCACCUCGGUCACUCCGAAAACUAUAUCGCAAAAUGCCUCGGCAAAGACAGAACCACCUCAACCAUCCCCCUCGGCUUCCGACUCACCGGCGUCAAGGACUCCCUCUCCUCCUGGGAACCUUCCAGAACCCUCCUCCAGACUCUCUCCGCCGAGGGCGUCGCCCUGGUCCUCCGCAAAUUCGUCUCCUCCUCCAACUCUGACGAUUCCCGUUCCGACCCCGAUUGCGACUUUGCGGCGGAGGUUUUCGGCGCCGUCUUGGAGCGGUUGGUGGAGCUGAAGGCGUGGUUUGAGGUUCAGACUCUGUAUCAUUUCUAUUCAUGUUCUGUUCUGGUGGUGUAUGAGAAGGAGAAGGGGAACGCCAAGCCUCUGGUCAAACUCGUUGACUUUGCUCAUGUCGUUUCUGGGAAUGGUGUGAUUGAUCAUAACUUCUUGGGUGGCCUCUGUUCCUUCAUCAACUUCAUCAGGAACAUCCUUCAAGCUCUGCAUCAGUGAGUCCUGCUUCGUUUUUCUCUGUUUUUCUCACAAUCUCCUUCAAGAUAUAAUCAGAUAAUAAUCACUCAUUUCACUCCAUCUGUCAUAAUCAUAUCAGACAAUUUUGCUUGUAUGAUCUGGGCUAAUUGCCGUUUAUGUUCUAUUCAAUUGUUCAGAUUUCCAGGUACUGCAAUUUUUUUAUGGAUUUUAUUCUCAGA